UCCGGGGGAAUAUUUUAAAGACGGAGGUUACAGCUAGCCUGUGACUUUUUUAUUUUAUCAUAGUUGUCUCGUACGUUUUUAAACGAUUACCGGCAAUGAGUCGCCUAAUAAAAAAACUUAAACCAUAUAGUAUUUCUGAUGCUUGUAAAACACGUCAAAAGUAAUUCAGACGAAUGCGUUAACCCUCAAUCAUUAACGCGAGCUCGUGCUGUGCGCUUGUUUUUUUUUGUCGCACCGUCAUGAGUGACGUGGAACCAUAGCGUGGAACUGAACUCACUCAAAUGUGCUAAUCAAACACAACACGCAUGAAAUGGGUUUAUGAUUGUGCUUUACAGAUAGUGUGAUUGGCAUCUUACCUGCUAUGAAAGAAAUCAAUUAGGAAGGAAGAAUGGGAUUUUACGCUGCAAGUCAUUUGUGAUGUAAAGAGGCACACGAACUAGGAAUUUGAUUUUAACAUGUAGACGACAUGAUCUCGAGCUCGAGGCGGUGUCAGUGAAAUAUUCGUGGAGAUAUUACGGUCUGCUCGCGUGGUAGAGAUGAUGUACUCUUCACGGAGGAAACCUGUGCUUUAUUUCAGAGAUGACAGAAGUUUUCUGUCGAGGAAAUGCACCGUCUGGAAGCUCUUUGGGCUCUGCAUGCUGUUUGUCUUGGGCUCUCUUCUUUGGGUGCAGCUGACUUGUUCAGGAGACAUGAGCCAGACGGUUAGGCACGGUCACCUCCCUCACCAGCCCUGUCCCGUCGAGAGACAGUCCUCGUCUGCUGAUGACCCUUCCUGGGGCCCUCACAAAAUGGCCCUCAUUGUGCCAUUCAGAGAGCGCUUCGAAGAGCUGCUUAUAUUUGUCCCUUAUAUGCAUGCAUUUCUCAACAAAAAGAAAAUACGACAUCAAAUAUUUAUUGUGAACCAACUGGAUCACUUCCGCUUCAAUCGGGCCUCUCUUAUUAACGUUGGGUUUAUGGAAAGCGGUAAUGACACAGACUACAUUGCAAUGCAUGAUGUAGACUUGUUGCCUCAAAAUGAGGAUCUGGACUAUGGUUUCCCAAACGAGGGUCCCUUCCAUGUGGCUUCGCCAGAGCUUCAUCCCUUAUAUCAUUACAAGACGUAUGUUGGAGGAAUCCUGCUGCUCACCAAGAAACAUUAUCAGCUGUGCAAUGGGAUGUCAAAUCGCUUCUGGGGAUGGGGAAGAGAAGACGACGAGUUUUUUAGGAGACUAAAAACAGCAGAUCUUAAGCUUUUUAGGCCAGCGGGGAUUACUACAGGAACUAAAACAUUUCGACACAUCCAUGAUCCAGGCUGGAGGAAGAGAGAUCAGAAGCGGAUCGCUGCACAAAAACAGGAGCAGUUUAAGGUGGACCCAGAGGGCGGCCUGACUAACCUCCGCUACAAGGUGGAGUCCAGACAGGAAGUGACCAUCAGCGGAGCUCCGUGUACUGUCAUCAACACCUUUCUAGAGUGUGACGUCAGUCUGACCCCAUGGUGCCAGCCGAGCUAACACACUUGAGCAGGACACAUUCUCCUUCUGUGUACUGAAGGUUUCACAGAUUCAGUCACACUUGAAAAAUCACCCUGAUCUGCUAACCCAAAGGACUUGAAUAUGUGUCUGAGGGAAAAGAACUUUCUCUAAGUUUUUAUUUUUAUAGGACAGUGUUGUGGGCUUCAUCCAUGAUGAAGCGCUGCCUCAUUUUUGAACUGAACUGUGGACCAGGUUCUGCGCUGAGUUUGCAUCAUCUGCAUUUCAAAUACGAGUAUCCAAAUGUCCGGUUUUUAAAGAUGAGUUUUAUAAUAUUUUAGUUGUAGCAGUGGUCUGUUUUGGACUGUUUCUCUUUGUGAAAUUGUGAGUAUUUUGCUCAGCCGUGUCUUGACAGAAUUCUGUUUCUUUUCGCAUGAAUUCAAAAUCAUGUCUUGGAAAGGAAAAUAUAUAUAUGAAAGGGUUUCGAUGGUACUUGGAUUGUAUUUGCACAUUGUUCAGUAUUUGUAUAAAAGCAAAGGUUUCCUA